CGACAUGUUCAAGUAUCUCAUAUUCUCUCAUGUCAAUUUCAAUUCAAAUAAAUAAAUUAAUAUUAAAUUUAUUUCACUAAAUUAAUCUUAAAAAAAACGAAGCAAUUAAUUAAAAAUAAAAAUUAAAUAUAGUCUUAAGUUAAUUUAUAAAUUUCAUAAACUUCGCGGUAUUUUUUUCUACAAUAAAACGAUUAAUCGAUUAAUCAUAUCGAAACGUUAUUUAGAGACGUAAAAGAAGAGAGAAAAUCGAGGAAAUAAAAAAAAAAAAAUCCAGUUUACCUCGUGCUUUGAUAUCUGGUUGAUGAAACAUUUAAAAAAAUUAGCAAGUAACUAAUAAUUGGGUAAUUUAGAACAACUAAAGAUAGCCAAAAAAAACUGGUGUAUAAUUUUAUUGAAAAAUAAUAUUGUAAUAAUUAUUAAUAAUAAUGCCGGUGACAAAUAGUCCAGCAAAUGUUGUUGGUGGUUCACUGCCAAAAUGGCAACUAGCAUUGGCAGUUGGUGCACCGGUUGCACUUGGUCUUGGUUAUAUGUAUUAUAAAAAUUCAUCUCAAGACAAAAAAACUAAAGAUAUUGAUAAAAAACGUAGUGAUAAACAAUUAUCAAUUGAUGAUGAUUUACCAGAAAAAUCAUCAAAAACAUCAAUCGAAAAAACCGAGACACCAGCAGAAAAAGCAUUGAAAUUUAAAACACUUGGUAAUGAAGCAUAUAGUGCAAAAAAAUAUGACGAGGCAAUAUCAUUUUAUAAUCAGGCAAUUGAAGCUUGUCCAAUUGAAAAUAAAGAUGAAUUAGCUAAAAAUUAUCAAAAUAGAGCUGCUGCUUAUGAAGCACUUGGUAAACAUAGUGCAGUUAGAGAUGAUUGUACAAAAGCAUUAGAAUACAAUCCAAAAUAUGCAAAAGCAUUUUUAAGACGUGCUAAAGCAUACGAACUUGAAAAUGAACUUGAACUUGCACUUGAAGAUGCAACUGCUGCAUGUAUUGUUGGUCAUUUUCAAAAUACAGCAUCACUUGUUGUUGCUGAUCGUGUAUUGAAACAACUUGGUCAACAACAUGCUGAUGAAUAUUUAAAAAAUAAAAAAAUAACAAUACCAAGUACAUAUCAUAUUAAAACAUAUUUUCGUUCAUUUAAAAAUGAUCCAAUAUUAUCACUUGAUGAUGAAGAAUUAUUAAAAGAAGAAAACAAAUGUCUUGUGAGAAUCAUCAAGCUAAUGAAAGACGAAUUAUAUGAUGAAGUUAUUGAUGCAUGUACUGAAGAAAUUGAAAAAUAUACUGAUGAUAAUUCACAAAAUAAAAUGAAAUUAAUGCUUCAUCGUGCAACAUUUUAUAUUCUUGUUGGUGAUCAUAAAAAAGCAUUAGAUGAUCUUGAAAAAGUAAUUGAUAAUUAUCAAAUAUCUGGUGAUGAUGUACGUGUUAAUGCAUUAGUUAAAAGAGCUUUGAUGAGAAUGCAACAAGAAAAACGAGAUGAAUGUUUAAAAGAUUUUGAUACAGCUGUUAAAAUAAAUCCAAAUUGUUCUGAUAUUUAUCAUCAUCGUGGACAGAUACUUUUAUUAUUCGAAAAAAUAAAUGAAGCAAAAGUAGAUUCAGAUAAAGCAUUUGAAUUAGAUCCAAAUAAUGGUGUAGCAUAUGCACAAAAAUGUUAUGUUAAUUAUCGUUUUGGUGCUAUUAAUCGUUCAUCAGAAAUGCUUGCAAAUGUUAUUGAUGAUUUUGAAAAAGGAUUUGAAUUAUAUCCAAAUUGUUGUGAAUGUUUUUCAUUGUAUGCACAAUUGUUAUGUGAUUCACAAGCAUUUGGUAAAGCUGAUGAAUAUUUUGAAAAAGCAUCAAAAGUUGAUCCAACAAAUGCAACACUAUAUGUACACAGAGGUUUAUUACAAUUACAAUGGCAAGCUAAUAUUGAAAAAGGUCUUGAAUUUAUAAAUAAAGCUAUUGAAAUUGAUGAUAAAUGUGAAUUUGCAUAUGAAACAUUGGGAACAGUUGAAGUACAAAGAGGAAAUUUAUUAAAUGCCAUUAAAAUAUUUGAUAAAGCAAUUCCACUUUCACGUACUAAUAUUGAAUUAACUCAUAUAUUUAGUCUUCGUGAUGCUGCUAGAGCACAAUUGAAAACGUCUGAUAAAUUAGGUGCUAAAUUUAUGAGUGACAUGCGAAAUUCAAUGUCAUAAAUUAUCCAAAAAAAAAUAUCAAAUAGUGCUCGAAAAAUUCAUUUCAAAUUGCUAAAUUUCUUCUCUUUUUUUUUUUCUAUAAUAUGAUGAUGAUGAUUGUGAGUUUGGUGUCUUGGCGUUUAAUGGUCUGUUGCGAAUAAAAAAAUUGAAAAAUAAAAAAUAAAAACCUUCAUGUU